AUGUCGUCGGUCAAUAAGAAGAGAAAGCCGCGCAAGGCCCAGGCGCCCGCGUGUCCAGGUACGGAAUUUGCUGGGAAACUGGGAGCACGUCAACGUUUGCAGUGUCAAUGGAGACGGAAGACGGUACUCAGGCGGACCGUCCGAAGAAGAAAACGGCGAAAAAGAAGAGUCAGGUGACGAGACGGGCGGUCGGAUACGGAGAAGUGAACGAGGAGCGGCUCAAGGAAUUCGUGAAGGCGACGGUCGAAGCGGGCGUGAAGGGACUGUGCAACGAGUUCCUGGCGAUCCGUGCCGAGACGCAGCCGUGCAACAAACCGAAGACUGCCCACGAGAAGAACACCGACAAAAAUCGAUACAAAGGUACGCGGUUUCGGCGGUCAAACUGAAAUGUUGGAGGAGCGCGGUCGGCGUUUCAGUGAAAACAUACAAUUUGCAGACGUGUACUGCAUCGACGAGACGCGUGUGGUUCUGACGUGGCCGGAAGACGCCGCCCAUGAUUACGUGCACGCCAAUUGGGUCAAAAUCAACGGACUUAACAAGUUUAUUUGCACGCAAGGUCGGGAAAUGUUUGAAUUCCUAUCAUUGUAUCGAUUUUAGGCCCGACCGAAAAGACGAUCGACGAUUUCUACCGUCUAAUGUGGCAGGAGAAGGCGCCGUGCGUCGUGAUGCUGUGCAACAUAAUGGAAUUGGGGAAGAAGAAGUGCGAGCAGUACUGGCCGGAGCCCAUUGAUUCGGCGAUGAGUCUGAUGGACGGAAAGUUGACGGUCAAAGUGGUCGAGGCGCCGAAAGAGGUCGAGCAGAACAUUAUGCUCAUGAAGAUCCAGCUCACCGACGACAAGGCGGUUCGCGAGUCUUUGAAUAUUUGGCGAGAACAUCUGGAGAUUUCAGGCGACGCACACAUUCGAGCACUGGCAGUGGAAGGCGUGGCCCGACCGUGGAGUGCCCGAAAUUCCGAUGGCCGUCUUCAGACUGAUUGCGAGAGUGAGUGGCGGAAGCAUUUACUGAAUUCGACACUAUUUUGCAGCUGAAAACGGCGUCGCCGAUCGUUGUGCACUGCUCGGCGGGCAUCGGUCGGACCGGCUCCAUUGUCGGUCUGGAAAUCGCGCUCGGAAAGUUCACGGCCGGCGAGAAGGUGGUGCUGAAGGAGAUUGUGAAGGAGAUCCGCAGCCAGCGCCACGGAUCCGUGCAGACCGACGCCCAGUACCUGUUCAUGCACCGUGUACUCCUCGCGUUGGCCGAAAACAAAAAGGUACUCGUUUUUCUCGUGUUCUAGACACUUUUUCAUCACGUUUCUUGCAGAUUACCAGUCCGGAAAUGACGGCCUUCGUGACGGAAUACGAUCGAGUGAUUGCGACGAAGAAUGGCUGA